AUGAGAUUCUCCAUCUUUUUCAUCGCAAUGAUGACUUCGGUCACAUCCGCGGCCUCUACUCAGGACCCCGGUCCAUCUCCUACUGCCUCAAUCGGCUGUGAGCCCCACGGAGACCACUGGCACUGUGAUGGCCCAGCCUCAACAGCCGUCUCCUCGGUCAUCUCCUCGGUUACAUCAACUGCAAGCGAAGUCGAAGCGAGCACCACUUCUGCGGAAGCUUCUCCGGCAAGCCCUAGUCCUACCGAGUCUAUUGGUUGCGAGCCGCAUGGCGACCACUGGCACUGCGAUGGACCGGCCGAGACGUCUAGCGCCUCCGCUAGCACCUCUACGGGUACCUCCACCAGUGAGUCGGCCAGUGCUUCCGACAGUACUGCCGAUAGUGCUUCCGCGAGUGCCUCCGCGAGUGCUUCUGCCAGCGCUGGAAAUGAGGACAGCGGUACUGGAGCAAUUGGAGUGCAAAUUUCCCUGCUUGUUGGAUUGUCGCUUGUCGCUGCUGGUCUGAAUGUUUGA